AUGAGUGAAAAAGUGAAUUUAAGUAAGAAGAUGACGAACAUUACGCCGGAGACCAGAAUCAUGAUGAUGAGAUCCGACGAGAGCCGGCAGGGCUAUAGGAGACAGGUAUUGGCCGCCCUAGCAGUCUCCCUGGGACCAUUCGCAGCAGGCCUAAGCAAGGGCUACAUGUCGCCAGCCAUCGCUUCGAUGCAGGAGUCACGGUUACACGGCACCUUUACUGUCACAGAUCAGCAGGCCAGUUGGAUAGCCAGCUUGAGUUUAUUGGGAGCUCUCAUUGGCGGUAUCCUCGGAGGUAUGGCGAUGCGCCUAGGCCGACGUCGCGUGCUUCUAGCCGUGGCCCUUCCGUAUACAUUGGCUUGGCUAGCUACAGCACUGUCCAACAGUGUCAAUAUGAUUUCUGUCACAUCGUUCUGUGGGGGCAUGAUCGUCUGCUGUAUUACUAUGAUCACGCAGGUCUAUGUAACAGAAAUAGCAGUACCCGAAAUACGCGGUUGCCUCAGUUCGGUCCUCAAAAUUCUCAGUCAAAUUGGCAUUCUCAUCUCUUUUUCACUCGGAGCAUACCUAAAUUGGCACCAGCUCGCUUUGGUGGUAGCAGCUGCACCCGUACUUCUAUUCGUGGCUCUCUUAUUCGUUCCCGAGACUCCUUCGUCCCUCUUGCUUAGAGGAAAGGAGGAGAAAGCCGCCGAGUCUUUGCAGUGGCUUCGAGGACCCGAUGCAGACAUACGGCAAGAACUAGCCACGAUCAGAACAAAUAUUCUAGCAAGUAAACAGUUUAAUGAUGGUAAAGCGGGGAAACUGAAAGUUCUUCUAUCGAAACGCCUCACCAGACCUGUUCUUAUCACUUGCGGCUUGAUGUUCUUUCAAAGGUUCACAGGCGCUCACGUCUUUAACUUCUACGCAGUUCCGAUGUUCAAGAAGACAUUCAGAAUGAUGAAUCCUCACGGUGGUGCGAUAGCUACCAGUGUGGUGCAGUUGUUGGCUUCCUGUCUAUCCGGUAUGCUCAUCGACAACGUCGGCAGACUCCCACUUUUAAUGAUAAGUGGAGUUAUGAUGUCCAUAGCAUUAGCCGGUUUCGGAUCGUACGCUUACUACGAAGAUGUCUUCAGACACUCUGCUGAUUUAUCCCAUGUCGAGCCAGGAUACGACUGGAUACCUCUAGUGUGCGUCCUCACUUUUACGAUAGCUUUCUCGCUGGGUAUAAGCCCGAUAUCUUCUUUGCUGAUCGGAGAGUUAUUUCCCCUGGAAUACAGGAGUACUGGCAGCGCAUUAGCUACGAGUUUCAGCCAUCUCUGCGGCUUCGUGAAUGUCAAGACCGCUGCUGACUUUCAAGAUCACAUAGGCCUUUACGGUCUCUUUUGGCUGUACGCGGGCAUAUCUGUCCUGUGCCUUUUAUUCGUAGUAUUAUUUGUUCCCGAAACGAAAGGCCGAGAGAUCGACGAAAUGGAUCCGAAAUACGUCGAAUCUUUAUGCAUUAACCGAUAG